AUGCGCAUAACACAGUUUUUGGCCAGCAAAUUGAAGAACUUCUCCAAUCUGCCCAAGGAGUACAUUGAGCGCAGCAGAAAACAGGUGUAUUGGCAAACUCCUAGGGAAAAAAAUUACCUACCACGCACUGUGGAGCGAAAACGAUUCCGCUACACCACAAACCGACCAUGGACAGGCCAGUUCCGUCAACAGAAUAUGCCGGCCACCAUGCGGCGGAAGGUGUUGAUCGAGCCAGUUGAGGAUUGGAGCUUCUUCCGCGGUGAUCGCAUUGAGGUUCUGGUGGGAAAGGAUAAGGGAAAGCAGGGUAUUGUCACGCAGGUGAUACCCGAACGCAAUUGGGUAAUUGUGGAGGGGCUCAAUUGGCAUUACCGUCGCGUGGGUGCUGAGAAAGAGUUUCCCGGUAUUAUUAUCAAGUCCGAGGCUCCGCUGCACGUCCUCAAUGAUAUCCGUUUGGUGGACCCUUCCGAUCUGCUGGGAACCGAAUUCGAGUGGCGUUUCACGGAGGAAGGCGAGAAGGUACGCGUGUCCAUGCGAUCGGGCCGUAUCAUCCCCAUCCCCGAGACGAACAACCAGACGCAUGACUACAAAACCCCAAAUGCCUACAUAGAACGCGAAAAAGAUACGCCAGCGGCUGUUGUGGGUGAGAUUACCUUCCAGCCUAAGCUGUCCACCUUCGAAAUGGACAUUAUGGAGGAAAUGGGCAUCAAAGAGGAACGAACGCCAGCCAAGUCCUAUUGGUACUAACUCUAUCCUUAUUUUUAUUAGAGUAAAGUAAAAAAACACAAACACAAAGUGAGCAAUCAAAA